AUGCGUCCCAAGUCCUCGAAGCCCACCAACGAUGAGCUUCUAGCUCAGUUCGACGACUUGACCGUGGAGUCAGCCGUUGAUCAAGAAUCCUCCAAAACUACCUCCAAACCCACCACCACUGCGACACAGUCGGAACAGGACAUUUUCGCCGAGCUAGACAGCCUAACUGCUCAGCGCCCCAGUAGCGGCCCUGGUACUCCACGUGUAUCGACAAACGAACCCCGUCCAAUUAUUAAAUCACCCAAGCCCGCUACGGUGGCUGCGACGCCCGCGGCCGGUCGGACCAGCGAGGAGAAGCCCGCCCCGUGGAGGUCAGGUGAUAGUGUGCGCGCGACGGUCCCGGAACAGAAGAGCGUCAAUGUCCCCCAACCCGAGCCAGAGCAACCAGCCGCAAAGGAGGCGACUACCUCGAGCGGCGGUGGCGGCGGUGGCUGGUGGGGUGGUCUCUUCGCAACUGCUUCGGCUGCCAUGAAGCAGGCCGAGGCCGCUGUGAAGGAGAUCCAGCAGAACGAGGAAGCGCAGAAAUGGGCACAGCAGGUGAAGGGAAAUGUUGGUGCACUGAGGGACUUGGGCGGCGAGCUUCGCAACAUGGCUAUCCCGACGUUCACCUCCCUAAUUCACACCAUCGCUCCUCCGAUUUCCUCCCAUGAACGUCUUCAGAUCCAUAUUACUCAUGACCUCUCUGGGUACCCGAGCAUUGACCCUCUGGUCUAUGCAGUCUUCUCGCGCGUGAUGGCUCAGGUGGAGGGCGGCGAUCUUCUCGUCAUCCAGCGCGGGCACGAGUCAGCUCCUAAGCGCGGGCUCGACAUCGGUGGAAAGCAAUUCUCAGGACCAGGAUGGCACGACGGGCCCUGGUGGCGGACGGUCACUCCCGGUCACCCUCGUACGCUCUCGGCCAUCCGUGGCUCCGUGGAAGCUACCAAGCUCGCCCGCGCCAGCGCCGAAGCCUAUGCCACCGAAUUCUUCGCCUCUCGAGGUGGAGUAGAGGAAGCCGCCAGGCAAGCUACUCAAGACCUCAGUGAGAGCAAUCCCGUUCGCAGUAGCGACAUCUUCUUAGCCAUUCAAGCUAUCAGCCAGACCACCGCGGCGGAGCUCUUCCAGGCGGGCCCUACGACUGAGAAAGCUAACCCACCAGGAGUUGUUGAGGCUCCGACGGAGACCGAGGAGGAGGUGGUCUUUGCCCUUUAUCUCCAUGACCCUAUCCACGGCAUUGCCUUCCACACACUGUCUCAGGCCGUGCCUCAGAAGUGGAUCAACUGGCUUGAGUCCUCGGCGGCUCCGGUCGAGGACCCUAACAGUGAAGAUGCCCACCUCCCUCAGACAAUCGUGCCUGAUGAGAUCGCGGAGAUCAUCGAGAACGGCGGCGUGGACCCCCGCGAAUGGGCCGCGGAGUGGAUCGAAGAGUCCCUUUCCUUGGCCGUUGGGGUCGUCGCGCAACGUUACGUCGCGCGACGUAUGGGUGUCGGCGAGCGGGCGACGGCCAAGGGUAAGAUGCGUGCUGAGCAGGCCUCAGUGGUUGAAAGCGGAGCAGGUGAGGUUGCGCGGGCGCUAUAA